CCUCCACGCUGGAAGAGCUCAGAGUAUACAGAGCUCGCAAGAGAGCAACAUCUAGCGCUGAACUCAGAACUAGAUCCUUGCUUGAGUGUGUGAAAACUUUGCGCUUCUAUUAGAAGGCGACCAAAAACACUUGGAACGCUGAGUGGAAAUCACUUCAAGAGGUUUUCAAGAAUCGCCGUCCAACAAGCGACAACAACUUUGUUACAACUUUUGCGGGACAAGGAAGACUUCGAAACUUUGAAAAUCAGCGUGUUUGUGAGCAUUGGACAGUUCACUCGGAAGUUUUGCUCAUACGAACCACACUGCCAGCUGAUCCAGUUGGGAAACAGAAGACCGUCUUGAUAUUACGUUUGACUUUGUAAAGUGAAAAGACAACCGAGAGAAAGUUUUGGUUUCUCGCCUAUGUCUGUCAAGAUGGAAACUACUUUCUACGAUGACUCUUUGAACACUGCUUUCACCCAGCACGACGGCACCGGUUAUGGAUAUAACCCAAAAGUACUGAAACACAACAUGACGCUCAAUCUGGGGGACCCCAGCCUCAGCCUCAAGCCUCACCUGCGCGCAAAAGCCAGCGACAUCCUGACCUCUCCAGAUGUCGGGCUGCUGAAGCUGGCCUCGCCGGAGCUGGAGAGACUCAUCAUCCAGUCCAGCAACGGGCUGAUCACUACAACGCCGACCCCAACUCAGUUCCUGUGUCCGAAGAAUGUCACUGACGAGCAGGAGGGCUUCGCCGAGGGCUUCGUCCGGGCGCUGGCGGAGCUGCACCACCAGCACAUGCCCAACGCGCCGAGCGUCACCUCUGCCCCGCAGACGAGCGUCAACAACGGCAUGGCACCUGUGUCUUCCGUGGCUGGCGGUGCUGUUUACACGUCAACCAUGCGCGCUGACCCCCCCGUGUAUGCGGACCUGAACACAUUCAACCCGGCUAUCAGCAGCGCGCCAUCGGCAGUGCCAAGCUACAGCACGGCAAACGGCAUGACCUAUACCACGAGUCAGCCACCGCAUCCGAUGAACACGGAGCUCGCGGUGCAGCACCCACGACUCCAGGCGCUGAAGGAAGAGCCCCAGACUGUGCCGGAGAUGCCGGGCGAGACGCCCCCUCUGUCCCCUAUUGACAUGGAGUCGCAGGAGCGGAUCAAGGCAGAGAGGAAGCGCAUGAGGAACAGGAUCGCCGCCUCCAAAUGCCGGAAGAGGAAGCUGGAAAGGAUCUCCAGGCUGGAGGACAAAGUGAAAAACCUCAAGUCCCAAAACUCCGAGCUCGCCUCCACCGCGAACAUGCUCCGCGAACAGGUAGCGCAGCUGAAACAGAAAGUUAUGAAUCAUGUCAACAGUGGAUGUCAGCUCAUGUUGACGCAGCAGCUGCAGACCUUUUGAAAACACACAGAGACACUCGAUGUAGUUUAAAUCGGACUCGUAUAAGGACUGACAGACUGUAAGGCUGUUUCUGCACACCGUAGUGAUGAUCACUACAGGUGGCCAAUGCAGAGACUUGUCUGGCCGGGUGCCUUGAGCUCCCUCCGGGGCGCACUGGAGUUACGCUCGGACUCGUGGUUGAACUCGCAGGCUGAGCGCGCUGGCAGGCAAAACAAGGAACGGCAACAGACAGCGCCAGGGUUCCGUCCUGCUUCACGCCGUUUCGUUUUCUUUCUGUUUUUGAAAAUGAAACCUUGUUCACUUUGACCAAGUUGUGCAUGGACCCAAGCUUUGUGGAGCAGUCCCAGUAUUAGACAUUGAAGAUGAGACGCAACAACUGCAACAGAGACCUUGCUGCCUGUGCUGUCGCGCCAGUGGGAAGGCGUGUCACCAGUCUGACUUCUUUUGAUAAAAGCUGCCUGACUUCUAAGUUACAGUGUACUUUUUAAAUUCUGAAAUUGUAUUGAAUUGUUUUUCUUUAAGUUAGAAGAGCUUCAAAAGUUAUUUCUCUUUUUCUAAAGUCAUUUUUAAUGGGGUUUCACUCAUUAUGUGUAUAUAAGAUCAACUGGGAGUACUUAAGUUUACCAUUUGUAAUAAAUGCAGUAUAAUUUUUUAUGUUUGUUUUCUGACCAUCUCGGAAACUAAUCAUUAUUUAAGAACUGUAAUAAAAAAACAAGUUCAACCGUA